AUCUAUGGCCCAAUGUACUCUUCUCUUGAUACCGUACCGUACGUUCUCCUUCCUCUCUCUGUUUCGAUUUGAACAAAGCAAUAAACAACAACAACAACAAUCGAAACCAAACAUCCCUGUCGUUCUCUCUCAUUCGCGGCAGUGGCUUUCUCGCUCUGUUUCAAGAUGAAACAAGACUCAAUCACGACUCUCGUCUCUCUCUCGGUAACUCUCCCAGUCAGCCAUUGAAGGGGCUUUUGAGACCAAACUUUCUCCUCAACUCCUCCUGCAAAGUUACUCGUCACCGUCGCUUCCAAGCUCGUCGCCAGAACCUUUGCCUGACUGUGUCUACUAUCUCCAUCUCCGAGUCUCGCUCUCUAUCUGUUUGGCCCUAUAUCGGUCUCUCUUCCGGCAAAAAGUUUUGCUGCCAUCAUUCAAGAGCUACCUUCGAUUUUCUUCUACUGUGUGCUACGUGUCGUCUUGUACUCCCAGGAUAAUUGAGAUUUCUUUCACGGUUGACAUUGCUUUCAUGAUUUUAGCCAGCAAACCCCCAACAUUUGGAUUAUUGGCAAUGCUUUCUUACACACAUGUUGCUAGUUUUGGAGGUGUGAAAUGAAAGUGAGGGUUGUGUGUAGGAAACUUUAUGACUACAUUCGCUAUGAUCUCAAAGAAAUUGCUUUUCCGUCCUCUUUGCCCAAUCCUCCUAACCUUAAAACGCGCCGCAAAUUGACCUGGGAGCAGCGCAUCUGGGUUUUGAAAAGAGCUACUAGGCUUUAUGCUGCUAGCUGGGUUCGUGACAUUGGUCCUGAUCUUCGGCCAAAUGACUCCAAGACGGAUGAACCUAAUGCUAUAAAGGAAACAGCUAAAAAUAAAGAACCCUCAAUACUCGAGGAACUCGCUGUAGCUGCUAGAGGGGGCAUGGAGACUCUCAGACCUGCUUUGCAGCGUGUGUAUAUGACCAGAGCUUCUGCAUACAGAGAUGCUAUGAAGAGUUUUAUAGAGGGAUAUCAAGAGGGUGUUCUGCAAGUAGUGGAGAAAGAAAAUUCCAAAACUGAAGAAAAUGCCGAUGCAUCAAAAAAAUCAACUUGAAUGUCUUCUCCCGCUUAGCUACCUGUCAUCUAGAACCAGACUAGAAAUUAGUCUAUUUAUGGAAAUUCAAGGGUUUCAAUGUACAUCGCACUGAGAAAAUAUAAUUAUAUAUGUUCCAAAUUAGUGCAUUUGGUAUACUGUGGUAGCACCAGAAUUUUGUUUUUGCAAUUUUUUGUUUUACGAAGUUUGAAGUUGUGCGUGCUUCUUUAUUCCGAGAAAUAUUAGCAUUGGCAUAAGUUGAUUCCAUCCUUCUUUAGCAGCUAUACCAAAUGGUAUAUUUAGGUCUUAGUGUUGUGAUUUUGAUCUUGUAAUCAAUGGUUGCUGAACUUACUUAUUCUAUGAAAGUUGAGCUAGGGGGCUUUGAAUUUCGUUCUCCCCGUAUUUCUUCUCAUUGAUGGACAGUGAAAGAAUCACCAUAUGAAUUCAAAUAUUCAUUCAUCAACU